AUGCUUAGCAAGAUUGGAGUCCUGGCCGCCGCUCUUCUGGGGGCCCUUCCCACGACAUUAGCAUGUUUGGGGUACGAGGGCGGUUUGCCCAAGGCCACUUCCAACAAGCAAAUAUCCGCUCCCAUCUAUGUGAAAUCCGGUGAGGUAUUCGACGGUGGUUGGGCCAAGUAUGAUAGAAAUCCCACCUCUUGCAGAGAGCAGGUGGAAGGAGGAGAGAAAGACACAGCUUUCGUUUUACAGAAGGGUGCCACCCUGCGAAACGUAAUCAUUGGGAAGACUGCUGGUGAGGGCGUUUACUGCCUAGGCGGUGGAUGCAACAUCGAGUUCGUCUGGUUCGAAGAUGUUUGCGAGGACGCCAUCUCCAUCAAGAAUGACAAAGCCGGUGACGUUACCUGGAUCGUUGGAGGAGGAGCCUACCACGCAGCCGACAAGAUCAUUCAGCAUAAUGGCUGCGGCCGUGUGAACGUCUAUCGCUCUUACGGAACGUGCGAGAAGUGCGCCCGUGAGGUCUACAUUGAGGGCGUGACUGCCCGCAAUGGAGGUGAGGUUGCUGGAAUCACCAAGGCCAAUGGCGAUAAGGCAACUCUGGUAAACGUCUGCACCGAUGCCAAAACCCCUUGCCAGAACUACAGUGGUCCUGGCGUCAAGGAUGGCCCUUGCUGA